AAAUCCCACAUUAAUCGUCCAAUUAAAACGAUGUUGUAUGUGGUGAGUUAUGGUUUGUGAAUAGCCUGAAACAGAAAGGAAAUUCAAAUAACCACCACAACUCUAACUAACGGAUUAUGCAGAUCUACAUCAUUCUACUAUGGAAGAAGGCAACCGUUUUCGAAAUUAACGAGCCCUCCUAGAACCUUUGGUUGCUCUGAAUUUUUGUUCUUUACUGACGCUUCUGUCAUGAAGAAUUAGCCUACCUCUUGUGCGUUCAAUCGUGAGAAGAUAAGUCACGCAAAAACAAACAUUCUGGUAACAAAGUGGUAGCAUUACUAUAAGCUGUCGUGCAUUUUACCACUUGGCUACAGAAACUCGAAACCAAUUCCCUCUCAUUUGUUUAAUACAGGCACAGCUUAAGGCCAGUGAUGAUCCUUCAAGUUCCAGAGUCACAUUCAUAUCAUUUACAUGCCCUAUGUAAAUUGUCCACAAAAUAAACAAGUUUGUUCCCGUAGUUCCAGAGUACAUAAAGCAUGUGGCACAACAGCAAGCAUCUCAGUCAAACCACUGCAAGAAUAACUCGACUUUUUAGAAAUGGAAACCUUAACAAUGAGUACCUUGUCAUUUUCUGUAAUCAACUGGCCACUCUGUGUUUGCAACAUAAUUGCCAAUUCUUUCUUCGCCUUCUGCAUUAUCUGUCGAACCAGCAACAAUGAUGGACCUAAACAGCCGGUGAAGAUAUUGCUCAAUUCAUUGGUCUUUUGCAACACAGUGUACCUGCUAUUUCUUAUAGGAUUUAAGUUUGUUGACCAUGAUGAUGGUGAUGUGAAGCUCCUCUACGUUACCUUGGGGAUUUUAUACUACACUGUGUCAACAAGCAUGUCAACUUCUGUGUGGCUGGCUUUCUUUUAUUUCACCCAGAUAGUUCCUGUCAAGAGGGCAUUCUUCAUCUGGGUGAAGAAGAACAUGAAAUCAAUCAUCUAUGCGGUGCUGGUUUUCGAUAGGCUGUUCUUUUUGUUUGAAUUAACAGUUAAGCUUGUCUUACAAUGUUCCAGUCCUUGGACUGGGCCUACCAACUACAACGUCACACUGAGCAAUGUGACAGAUGAUGACAAUGGGAGCCCAAAUAGCUUCAGCAGAAGCACAUUGAUCCAUGUAUACAUUGUGUGCCUCGCUCUUGAAUUUAUCUACGUCUUCUUCUGUCUGUGUGUGAUGAUGGGGUCCUGCUUCACCACAGCUUGCUACCUGCAAAGACACAUCAGAAGCCUGUCAGCAACUGGCUGUGUCUCUUCUCGACUGGACAGUCAGAUUCGAGUCACUAUCACAGGCAUCCUGCAGGGGGUGCUCUUCUUGCUCUGCCAAGUUUAUCUUUUCAGUUCGUUCUUCACCACAGUUUUUUCCAAUGUAACCAUUCAUGUCUACUUUUCCUUCACAGUGGUCUCGAUCUAUGUGACAGGGACUACUAUAAACCUUGGGGUAGGCCAGACUCUCUUUCGACAAAGGGCUGUUUAUGUUUGUUCAAAGAUUAGCAAGUUAAUGACGAUGUGACAGGUUUUGUACUGUUUUUGUGGACCGACCGACUGACCGACCGAGAGAGCAAUAGAACUUGGUCGCAGCUGAAAGUGCAAUGUACACGUGCUGCUUGUAUGUAUAACAGAUUUUUUAUUGAAGAACUCACUAUAAGAUGGUGUGAAUUAAACGGUCUAAAAUAGCCUUCACCCUUAAAAGCCUAGACCUUACUCCAUGAGAUUGAUGAGUAUAGCCUAUAGACUGAAUUAUGUUUGAAGUUGAGAGGUAUAGACCCUAUCAAAUAUUAUCUUUGUAUGUUCAUAAACACACACACACACACACAUUUUCUUUCUGACUUCUUUGGUCGUGUAAUGGGUAAUAAGAAUUAAAGUUGUAAUACAUUUGAGGAUCUGAUGUGAUCAUAUUUCAGAUACUUGAAUACGGUCUUAAGUUAGAUGUUUUAGUUGUACUUCAAUAAAUUCUGUAGUAGUGACUCACUGAAUUUGAUCUACACCUUCCUGUGCUUG